AUCCCAGCCAUGUUUCACACGGCGAGCAUAUGGCUGACCCUCGCGCUAGCAGUGCAGAGGUACAUCUACGUGUGUCACGCGCCCGUAGCUAGGACGUGGUGCACCAUGCCCCGAGUGAUCAAGUGCCUCAUCUACAUUGGAGUGGCUGCGUUCUUGCACCAGCUGCCUCGGUUCGUGGACCGGCAGUACGUCCCUCACGUCACAGUGUGGCGUGGACAGUUCGAGGAGGUCUGCAGAGUGGAACUGGCUCCAUGGGUGCAGAACCUCUCCAUCGACGCGUACUUCAUAUCCUACUACGUCUUCCGAGUCUUCUUCGUCCACCUCAUUCCCUGCACCUCCCUGGUGGUCCUCAACGUCCUCCUCUUCAAGGCCAUGAGGACCGCCCAGAUCAACAGGCAGAAACUCUUCAAGGAAAACCGCAAGUCAGAAUGCAAGAAGCUCAGAGACUCCAACUGCACCACUCUGAUGCUCAUCGUGGUCGUCACAGUGUUCCUAAUGGUCGAAAUACCUGUUGCCGUAGUCACUAUUCUGCACAUAAUUUCCAGCAGCAUAGUCGAGAUUCUAGAUUACAACAUCGCUAACAUCCUAGUUCUUGUCACUAACUUUUUCAUUAUCGUCUCCUAUCCCAUCAACUUUGCGAUCUACUGUGGCAUGUCCAGGCAAUUCAGGGAAACUUUCAAGGAGUUGUUCAUCAGAGGUGCUGUCACCAGCAGAAAGAACGGUGGCUCCAGUAGGUACUCCUUAGUCAACGGCCCUAGGACCUGCACGAACGAAACUGUGCUUUAGACGUCUAAUGCUGUAAAUAUUCUUAUGAUAGCGUAAGUUUUUUGGAUGUUUAUUGUCUAUUUUAUAAAUGUAGACAUAUCAUGUAACCGUUCUUUUCGAUGUUUUAGACGCUUCGGUAAUUUUUUAGAUUGUAUAAGUAUUAGCGCAAUAUACUUUUGCUGUUGUAUAAAUAUACAUAGUUUACUGUUUCUGAUACUUUUCUUUGGCUGUGCGGUUACCUGAUCAGUAGUUCUUUAAAGUCAAAAAUAUAGGGUGAAAAUGUUCACGAGCGAAUUGUUUCUAAAAUAUUGUUUAAAUUAUGUAUAUGUGUAUUUAAUAGGUGUUUCGUAUCAAGAUAUAAUGCUUAGUUGUAGGAUUCACUCUAGCGUUGAAUAUUUUUACCGUAUAUUAUACUCGAUUAGCUGAUCACACGGCCUUUGAAUGGCGAGCCCCCAUUGGGAAAGGUAUCUGUAAACAUAUACAUAAAUUGUAAAUAUAUAUUAUAUAAAACUGUCAUAUAAAUAAAUCAUUUAUCUCAAUUGUUUUAAAAUGUGCUUAGAUACCAAUACGUAUAAUGACUUUUUAUGUAAAUAAAAUAAUUAUAAACGUAGUGUAAUAUAGUAUGUUUAGAUGGAUGUAUAAAAGUAGAUAUAUUUAUAUAAAAACGAGAAAGGUACUAAUAAAGUAUGAUGUUUUGUUGUAAUAAAUUAGUAUUUAUAAUUGUUUGUAAUGCUUUUCUUUGGAACAAUGUAGGAUCAAAUCUAAAAUAGUCAUUAAUACAGUUUUAUAAUGUCAAUCAACGGACCAUGGCGAAA